AUGUUGAAGUUAUAAACCGUAUUAAGAGGAUUUGAGGAAAACGGAUUAAAAUAGGAAAUUUUGUAUAAGGCUGAUGAAAUAUUGGCUAAAUUAGAUAUGAUGGGCAGGAAGGAAUUUAAUAGAGAUAUCGCAGAAUAAUUAUUUCAAUAAUGCAAACCGACUCAAUUGAAUAUGAAAGUAGUAUUUAGACUUGCAGAUAUUGGCCAAACAAUCUAAGAUGCAAUAUAGAUGUUAGAAGAAAAAGUGUAGAAUGCAGAAUAAUAAUUAAAAUAAAUAUAAUAAAAUAAAGCUAUUUGCGAAAAUCAAUUAGCUGAAACAUGUUUGUUAUAAAUCUAUAAUUAGCUGUUUAUUCGAAUACUAGAUACAUAUUUCUGACUCUGUUAUGUAUAAAAAACGUUCCUUAACAGUUAAAAUAUACAAAUUGUCACAUCUAAUUAACUUUAGGAGUUAUAAAUUAAAUUGCUAAACCAGAAUAAUAAUAAUACGAUAAAGCCAAUCCUGAAUUUAAUCAAGAUUUUGAAUUGUAAAUUUGCAUUAAUACAAAUCUAUUAGUUCAGUUCCCCCACUUCUCUCAUCUCUAUAGAUUCAAUUUUACAUCAGAACAGAUAACUCUUUACCCACUCUAUGGGGCCAAGCCAAAUUGAACAUUCAAUAGUUGGACGACUAAGUCAUAAAACAAGUUGAAUUAAAAUUACUAGAUCCUGUGGGUAGAGAACUUGGCUCUUCUGUUUCCUUAGAAGCGUAAGUUGUGUUAAACAAGGUAAAUUUAUGUUGCUAUCAUUUACACAGCACCAAUACUUAUAGGCCUAAUUAUAGAAAUUUGAAUAGAAAAUGGUCACUUUAGAUAGUGAUUUGAUAGAAUAUAAAAACAAUAUAGAAGAAAUUGAAAGACCAUUCAAAGUUAAAUAAUUUUCUAAAGAAUAAAAUAAUAAGCAAUUGUCAUCAAAUAUCUUUAAUUAACAAUUAAAAUCAUCGUAAAAUUAGUAAGAAGCAGACCAUAAUAUCAAUGAAAUAGAUUAAUAAUAACACUAAAUAAAUUCUCCUUAAGAAUAAGUAUGGUCUAUUCUCUAGUCUGAUAAAUAAGUAGAAAUACAAGAUUAAACACCAGAAGCCCCAGAAGUUCUUCAACGUGGUGUUAUCAUAUUCACAAUUUAUGGUUUGAUCACCUUAUUUGUUUGUUCUGCUAAACCUUCAUUUUUAGAUGUAUAAUAACAAUUCCCUCAUAAUAUAGGUGUUAGUCUGUCAUGGAUUGAUGUUAACCAUUUUGAUGGAUAGAUUUGAGCCACUUCAUAUUAAAUUAGUAGGGGCAGGACUACUUGCUUCAAUAUUAUACGAUAUUUUGUGGAUGAAGCAAUAUCAUGUAUAAACUACUUAUAAGCCUAGUUAUGGUGGUAUAGUAACGAUAAAAAUAAUCCAGAAUGGGGGUUGAAUGCUAUUAAUUUAUUAAGGUUCGUUUUAAUCUUUACUUAUAUGUAAUUCAUCUACAAAGUAUUUUACUUAAUUUAUUAGUAGUUUAUUGUAUGUUAUUAUUUAUUUUAAUUUCAUAGAGAAUCAAUUGACCCGACUAAAAGAUAUGUUUUUACUAUUUGGAAAAUACAAUAUAAAGUGGGUAACAGUCGAGAAAGUAUUUCUUGGUAAUGA